CUCAGAAGCUGACCGACUAAAUUAUCACCACAUACUACCAUUAUCGAGACUGCCAAAGGUUGAUUCGGCAACCAAACAGAAAGUGCCAUGAGGAUUGCUAAAGCGCUCCUCUCGCUGGUCAUUGUGGCCGACGCCGCUGUGGCCAGCUCAUGGUUCUCUAACGCCCCAUAUAACAGGUGGCAUGAGACGGAGCUUGAGCGGUGGCUUUCCGACCACGACGUUCCCUACCCGACUCCGGCCGACCGCAAAGAGCUCGAGAAGCUCGUGCAAAAGAAUUGGGACGAAUAUGUUGUCGAGCCCUAUCGCCAGUGGGACACGGCGAAGCUCACUGGCUACCUGAAGCAGAAGGGCAUCGACACGAAGGAGGCGGUCGAGGAAACCCGAGAUUCUCUCAUCAACCGGGUCAAGAGCGCCUGGUACGAGUCGGAGGACAAGGCGCAGAACGCCUACAUUGACGCCAAGGACUGGAUUCUCGAUACCUGGACCGACAGCCAGCUCAAGGCUUUCUGCGAUCGUUAUGGCAUCCCGGUUCCCCAGCCCCGCAAGCGAGAGACGCUGCUCCAGAAGGCCCGCGAGAACUACCAAGCCAUCGCCGAGAAGAUCGGAGAGGCCGCGGUCUACCCUGGCAAUUGGCUGUAUGCGACCUGGACUGAGUCCGAUUUGAAGGAGUGGCUUGAUACUCAUGGUUUUCCUGCACCGCAGCCGACCACACGGGACAAGCUCAUUGCUUCUGUUCGCCGCAACUCUCGCCUCGCCUACCUUCGCAUGCAGGAGCAGGCUGAGAGCUCCCGGAAGUCUGUCCAGGAGGCAUACGCUGCUCUCACGGACAAGCUGAUUGACUCAUGGGGCGAGUCUCAGCUGAAGGAAUUCUGCGACAAGAACGGCAUCAGUGUCCCCCAGGGCACCAAGCUCAACCAGCUGCGCGCUCUUGUUCGCAAGCACCGCGCUGAGAUCCUCGGCGACACCGUCUCCGGCACUGCUGCCUCGGCCUUCGGCGCCGCGACCUCCAACAUCGGCUCGGCUGCGAGCAAGGCGACCGACGCCGCGUCUCAAGCUGCUCAGGACGCCUUUGACAAGGCCGUGAACACGUGGUCCGAUAGCCGUCUGAAGGGCUAUCUGGAUGCGCGUGGAGUGCCGGUUCCCCAAGGCUCCAAGACGGAAGAGCUCCGCGCGCUCGUGCGUAAGCACGCGCACAAGGCGGCCACCGGCUGGACCGCCUGGACGUGGGACGACCUGAGCCUCGAGAACCUGCGGCACUACCUCGCGUCGAGCGGCAACGAGGCAGCCAGAAAGGUGGCGGCCAAGUCGGGCGCGACACGCGACGAGCUGGUCGAGGCGGCGCAGUCGGCGUACUCGUCGGCGUCGUCGGCCGGCGGCUCGUCGUUCGCCUCGGCGACGUCGUACCUGGCCCGCGCGACGGACUCGGCCAAGGCCAAUGUGUUCGAGACGUGGAGCGACAGCGAGCUCAAGGCGUACCUCGACAGCUACGGCGUGCCGGCGCCGCAGGGCUCGACGCUCAACGAGCUGCGCGCCCUCGCCCGCCGCCAGCACACCUACUUCAAGUACGGCACCACCACACCCGCCGAGACGCUCUACGCCAAGGUCCGCGAGUCCGUGCUCGGCGGCUGGGACUGGGUCGCCGGCCAGCUGCGCAUCGGCAGCGGCGCGGCGAAGAAGAAGGCCGAGGAGGCCGCCGGCGGGAAGAGGCAUAAGGAGCUUUAA